CUGAACGAGCUGCACACCCUGUAUGACGCCGCCAUUGCAUCCGGAGCCGACUCCGCUUAUCGCAAGCGACGUUGGGGCCGGGCUGCCGAGUUCGCAGGCUGGCUGGAGCAGGAUGCUCCCGAGUCCCUGUCAGCCGACAACGCCCUGAGGCUCUACCGGGCCUCCGGCGGGCGGGAGCCGAUCGCCUUUUCCGUCACAGCCAUCGAUGAACUGAGGGACAGCCUCGAUUUCCUUUUAUAUGAUACUAUCAAGCUCGAAGGACGCUUCGACGAAUGCGCCUCACCUGAAGGUGGAUACAUGCUGCCAGGGGCGGGCAAGGAGUUCGUUUCCUGGCUACUCUGUCUGCGUAAUCCAGCCCUACUCGGCGUCUGGAACUCCAACGCAGAGCGCAUGCUGAAGCGCAUCGGCGCAUACCCCGACACCAUGAAUCGCGGGCCCAUAGGCAUCCGUUACCUCGACCUGAUGGAGGCCCUGGCUUGGGUGCGCGCCCGGCUUGGAAUCCGGAAUUUCAUCGAAGUCGAUGUUCUCGCCUAUCUGUCGACAAGGCCCCGCGGCAGAUCGCGCAGUUCCGCAGAAUCGUUAAGCUCGGAGAUGAAAGAUGCCCUGGCGUGA